AAUUUCCCACCCGACUCUUUCUGGGUUCCAAUGUUUUGCUUAGUUUCUGUCCAUGCUUGCACUGUGAACAGGAUUUUACAGAGCUGUGUACCAUGAUGCCCAGGUCCCUAUCCUGAGUUCAGACAGUUAAAUUAGAACCUUGUAAGGUGUUUGAGGAGUUCAAGCUUUUCCCUCCAGCUAUUGACAUUGACAUUCACCUGCCAUCAUGCUGCCCAUUGUCCUGGCUUGGUUUGCUCCCGCUAAGGUACCCUCUGGACUUGACUAUCACCUAAGUAAUCUGGUGCCAUCUGUAAACGUUGCCACAUCACUGCUCAACCCCUCUUUCUAGAUUGGUAAUCACUGUAAAAUAUUCAAUGCACUAUUUGUUAUAAAGUAUGUAACCCUCCUUGCUGUCCUUCUCUCCCUUCACAGGCACCUUGAGCUUUACUGAGCCCGAUCAACGCUUCCACCGCUGCAUGGCAGAUUUCAACCUCACCCCCACUGACCUUUCAACAUUUAUCCUAAUGGGCAUCCCUGGUAUGGAAGCUGCCCAUGUCUGGAUUUCCAUUCCUUUCUCUGUGUUCUACAUUAUCUGCCUGUUGGGAAAUUUCACGCUUCUCUUUCUUGUAGCGAAAGAACAGAGCCUGCACAAGCCGAUGUACCUGCUGCUCUGCAUGCUGGCACUCACAGACAUCACCACGUCUACCUUCAUCAUUCCAAAAGCACUGUUGAUAUUUUGGUUCAAUUUGAAAGACAUUACUGUGGGUGGCUGCCUCACCCAGAUGUUCUUCCUUCAUGCGGUUUCUAUUAUGCACUCAGCUGUCCUUGUGACAAUGGCCAUCGAUCGUUACAUUGCUAUAUGUAACCCUCUGAGAUACACCACUUUCCUCACCAAUGCACGAAUAGCUAAGCUAGGGCUCAUUGGUUUGAUAAGAGCUGUUCUCUUCAUUCUGCCCCUGCCCCUGCUCCUCAGCAGGCUGCCAUUCUGUGCCAACCGCAUUAUCCCCCACACAUACUGUGACCACAUGGCUGUGGCAAAGAUAUCAUGUGGGGACAUCACAAUCAACAGAAUGUAUGGUUUGGUACUGGCAUUUGUAGUCAUAGGGUUCGACCUGACAAUCAUUGCCCUGUCUUACAGUCUGAUCAUCAGGGCUGUCCUCAGAAUCAACUCUAAGGAAGCUCACCAGAAAGCCCUCAACACCUGCACAGCCCACAUCUGUGUGAUGAUGCUGGCUUAUCCUGUUGGAUUCUUCUCCACUCUGGUACACCGGUUUGACUAUGACUUUGCUCCCCAGGUUCACAUCAUCUUGGCCAAUGUCUAUUUUGUCAUUCCCCCCAUGCUCAACCCUAUCAUUUAUGGUGUCAAAACCAAAGAACUUCGUGAGAAAGUUGCCAAAUACACCUACAGAAUAUGCUCGCCUGGGACAACUUACUUUAAUCCUGCCUGA